AUGUCCCCCAGCAGUGAGAACCCUGAGAAACCUCCCAGUGUAGAGAAAGUCGAAGUCGCCAACCAGUCUGCCCUGGGCGCGUUGGACUACGAUGAAGAAUUCACGCCCGACGAGCAGCGCAGGAUCAUUCGACGGAUUGACCUGCGGCUGGUGACCAUCACCGGUCUGGCAUAUUGUGUUUCUCUCAUGGAUAGGACGAAUCUGAGCAUGGCUGCUAUCGCGGGUAUGGUGAAAGACCUCGAGCUCUACAUUGGAUACCGAUAUUCGAUUGUGGUUCUCCUGUUCUUCGUGCCGUAUGUGAUCUUCCAGCCACCGAUGACGGUCAUCACCCGGAAGAUUGGUCCUACUUUUUUCUUGGGGAGUAUUGUGAUAUCCUGGGGGGGGAUCUUGAUUGGUAUGGGGUUUACCAAGAAUUGGCAGCAACUGGUGGGAUGUCGGGUGGUUCUGGGGGUUUUGGAAGCUGGGUACUUUCCGGGCUGUGUCUAUCUCCUGUCCAGUUGGUAUGCUCGCUAUGACGUCCAGAAGCGGUUCUCCGUCUUUUACCUGAUCGGCUGCGUGGCCUCCGCCUUGGCCGGAAUUCUCGCGUUUGGAUUGAUGCAGCUCAAUGGCACCCAGGGCCUCUCUGGCUGGAGAUGGAUCUUCAUCCUCGAGGGAGUGAUCACCGUGGCAAUCGGGAUCCUCACCAUCUUACUCCUCGUCGACUUCCCCGAUCGAGCCCAUAAAUCCUGGAGGUUUCUCAAUGAGCGGGAAUGUGCGUUUAUCAUCCGACGUAUCAACCGGGACCGAUCCGACGGAGACCACGAACCGUUUACGUUGAAGCGGUUCCUCUGGCCAGCUCUGGAUCUGAAGAUCUGGGGAUUCGCCAUGAUCUUUUUUUGCAUCACCACCGUCACCUACGCAAUCGCAUACUUCCUCCCCAUCAUCCUCGCCCAAGGCAUGGGAUACUCCACCGGCGCUGCACAGUGUCUAGUCGCACCACCCUACGGUCUCGCGGGAAUAGUCAUGUACGGGACCUCCUGGGUCGGUGAUCGAUACCGAACGCGCGGCCCCAUCCUCAUCUUCAACGCCCUCCUCUGCAUCAUCGGGUUGCCGAUGAUGGGCUUCGCAAAGAGUCACGCCGUGCAAUACGUCGGGGUGUUUUUCACCGUUGCGGGAACCAACGCAAACAUCCCGGCUUGUAUGGCGUACCAGGCGAAUAAUAUACGAGGACAAUGGACGCGAGCGCUGUCCAGUGCGACCCUGGUUGGGUUCGGAGGGAUUGGAGGCAUCGCGGCCAGUUUGGUCUUCCGGGAACAAGAUAAGCCAGGGUAUCGGCCCGGGAUUUAUACUGCGAUCGCGUGUAAUUUACUUCUGAUGCUGAUCGUGGGAUUGUUGAGCUGGUGGUUCUGGCAUUCCAAUCAAAAGGCAGAUCGGGGAGAGAAGGAGAUUGAAGGAUCUUCUGAGUUCCGAUAUACAAUUUAA